UUAUCAAAGAUGUCGACGGAAUUGGAAGAAAACGAGGUCCAUAUUGAGUCUGUUGACGUCAAUGAAAAAGUGAAAGAAAAUGGAUCAAUGGGCGAAACUAUUUGUGAUUCGGGGCUGGACACGUUAGACUCGUGUUCUGCCGCCUUCCCAGCUUCUGAUUCCGAGUUAUCCCCGAUUAAAAAUAUUAUAAACCAUGAUUUGGGCAAUGGAACGUCCACAGACAGCCUAUCCAACGAGAGUAGUCUUUCCAGCCCAGGGUCUGAAGACGGCGUUACUAACAAUUUAAAUUUCGAAUUUCCUCAAAAAACCGAUGUCGAUUUAGCCAAAGAAUUGAUCAUGAAUUGUAUAGAAAGUAUGAAUAUUGAUGAGACAGAUGGAAAAAUUGAUCAAAAUGGUGAAAUAACUGAUUUUAAAGACACAGAUUAUAAUAAUGUAAAUAGGCCUCUAACUACAUCGACUGUAAGUCUCAACGAGCAUAAAUGUUCUGAAAACAAUGUCAUGUGUAAAUCUCCUUUUAGUAAAAGUGCUGAAAAUAUCUCAAACAUAUCAUAUACAGUACCAAUUGAAAAUGCAAGUUUAAAUUCUAGUGACAAAGAAUUGAAUGCUGACAAAAUACUCUCAGAAUUUGCCAGCCAAAAAACUAAAGUAAGCGCUGUACAUAAAAUACCUGAAAACCUUGUAAAUAUAGAUCCUAAAUACACGAGAAUACCAAAAGAAUUAUUAUCCCAAGACAUAGGUAGCAUAGUUAAGAACGUGCACGGUAUAUUCUCGUCUGUGAGUGGCAGCUUAAAAAGUGCCUACACCCACAGAACAAGCUACAAUCAGAAACCAGUAAAAAAUACCAAAAACCUGCCUAACGGUAAACUUAUGAACGACAUAUUCGAAGAUGAAAAUAUAGACACCAAAACCGAGAUUCCGGAAAAGGUUGAAACAACUGAGCAUCAGGAAAUAAUUCCAAAUUCAAAUGUGGAAGUUGCCAUACCAAAAAUAUCUGAAGUAGAAACCACAGAGGUCGGUGAUGCUAAAAAGGAUGUAAUGCGGCUACAAAUUGAGUCUUUGGAGAGAGUGCUGGCUGAACAGAGAAAGGAGAAUGCAUCAUUGAGGGAUAGAGUUAAACAGCAAUGUGAUGAGCUGCAGCAAAAGGAUCUGACAUUUAAAGAGUUGGAAGUUAAGUUGGAUAUGAUGGGCAAACGCGUAGACCACGCCGAACGCGAAAAGGACGCGGCCGUCAUGCGAUACGCGAGCGUAGAAUGCGCCGCUAUCGAAGCAAAGCGGGCCGCUGAAAAUGCCGCUAAAGCUGAGAAGGCGGCCCAGGGUGAGGUGGAACUCCUCAACGGGAAGCUCAGGUCGGCCCAUGCUGAGAAGCAGAGGAUCUGUCAGUUGUAUGAUGAUAAGUGUCACGAACUAAUGAACAGCGAGCGCGAGCUAGCGAAGUUGCGCGAAGACUUGCGCGAGCUGGACGGCAGACUCAAGUGGACGCAGAGCAAGCUGCGGAUGGAGAUGGACGCUUAUAAGGAAACAUCAGAACGCGCAGAGAAGCUAACCCAGCAAGUGACAGAACUAGAAGCAGCGAAAGAGGCCGCCACCGCCAACGCUACUGACUCCGCCCGCGCUAAGCAACUAGAAGCAGAACUCAAAGAAAGCCAAGCCGCGCUAAUACUAUGUCGUCACGAACGAGACGAGUUAGAACGUCGUCUGACAUCCGCCACACAACAGUUAGACAGUUGCACGAGACAACGGGACACUGCUAGCGCCGCCCUCGCUCGAUCCACUGCCGAGGUAGAACAACUAAAGGAGAGUAAUCUCCGCUUGGAAGAGGAGGCUGCAGAGUUAGCAGCUUUGAGAGCAAAGGCUGCCCUAGCGGACACCCUUAGCGCGCAGUUGCAGAGAGAAACAGAGCGAGCAACGCAAGCAGAAGAAGCAUUAAGCGUCGAACGAGCAGUCGCCGAGACCUGCGGCCGCAGAGAGGCAGCCGCCUUAGAGCAUGCCGCCAAGCUGACUGCCAACCACGUGGCUGUUAGCGCCGCUGCCAGUCGACAUGAGGCUGAGGCCCGAGCAUUAGGGGUAGACAAUGCAUCUCUUCGAGAACGUCUGGUGACGCUAGAGGGAGAGUGUACGCGACUGCACGCGGCUCUAGCCGAGGAGACCGACACAAGGAACAAGGAGAACAGAGUGCUGGCUAGGAAGGUGGCGGAGCUGACAGAAGAGUUGUCAGAAGCGAACAAGAAGUUGGAGUGGGAGAAGGGGGAGAAUGGAGUUCUCAAGAAGAAACAUACCAGUGCCAUAAAGGAAUUGAAUCGUGAGCUACAACGCGCUGUGAAGCGCUGCGAGCAGCUGGAAGCUAAACUGCCGCAACAGCUAGCGCCCUCUACUAGAACAGGGUCGGUAUCAUCACUCAGUAGCGGCGAGAGCGCUCCGCAUGAGGACAGGCUGCAGAACGGACACAGCGACGCCUUACCCGAUAUACAGGAACAAACUACUGCGGUCCGCGAACCAGACCGCCAAACCCUCAUAGAGCGAAUAGUGUCCCUUCAACGAGCAGCCGCCCGAAGGUCUGAGCGCUGCGAGUUCUUAGAGGAGCACUCCCGGCAGCUCACCUCGGAGCUGAGGGCGAAGUCCCGCCUGCUGAGGCACCUGCUGUGCACCCUGCCUGCUGGUGCUGUGGCUUCCAGUACCAGGGAUGAGAAUAAGAAAGAGAUAGCCCGUCUAGGCGGCGGCGCCAUGGCGGCGGUGUGGGGCGGCGACCCGACGGGGCUGCCGCCCGAGCUGUCGCUGGAGAUGACGCGGCGCCUGCAGGCCGUGCUCGAGGACACGCUGCUCAAGAACAUCACGCUCAAGGAAAACAUGGACACAUUGGGCGCGGAAAUAUCGCGACUAAAAGAACAAUUAAAGUCAGCCAGCGAGUCUAAAUGAACGAAAACUAUUAUAAAUACUAAAAUUUAAGUGAAAUCACAUUAAUUCCAUUGUUAUAUUAUUAUAUGGAUGACAUUCCAAAACAUGCCAAUGAUAAACAUAAGGCUUUUAUGUCAAACUUUUUGGUCGCCAUUUUAGAAAAAAAACGUAUUUUUCAAAACUUUGACAUUCCUUCAAGUAUUUAUUUUAAUAUGUGUAGAUUAUUGCUUUAAUAAAUCUGUAUUUCAUUAGAUGUAAGUGUUUGCGCAAAAUUCCAUGUUGCGCAAAUUAUGCGCAGAGAAUUAAGUUAGCGCAAACUUUGCGCUAUAGCUCGUUAUACGUAUUGAAAAUUUGUGGGAAAUUAAAAACGAACAAAGUAUAACAAAAAAAUAUUUUACAUGAGUAUUUUAGUUAGAAAUGGCGAUCUUUAAGUUAUUUCGAAGCUUAUAAAUUCUUAUUAAAUUAAAUUAAAAAUUAAAAUCAAUUAUAAAUGUUAUCCUACUCUUAAUGUAUGAUAAUGAAUUUUGUUGAAAUUAUUUAUUAACAGCCUUUCCCUAUUUUAUCUGUUAUUUCGCUUACUAAAGACAGAAUUUUAUCUUUAGCCCAUUCAAGUAACGUCAAACUCCGAUCUCUAGUAAGCGAAACAGAUAGUAUAUUGGGACCGGCCGUAAAAGUACUGUAAAAUUACGGACACGUUUAUAUAAAUGCAAUUUUAAAAUGUUAAACUUAAAAUUGAAUAUUGCACUCAGCAGUGUAUUAUAAACUGAUCACAAAAGAUCUUCCUAUAAAUAAAACUAUAGUUUUUCCUUAAUUCUUAACUUACGGUGAGUUGCACUAUUCAAAUAUAACGAUAACCGAACCAUUUUCUGUGUUUCGGAUGGCACGUUAAACUGUAGGUCCCGGCUGUCAUUGAACAUCCUUGGCAGUCGUUACGGGUAGUCAGAAGCCAGUAAGUCUGACGCCCGUCUAAACAAGGGGUAUUGGGUUGCCCGGGUAACUGGGUUGAGGACGUCAGAUAGGCAGUCGCUCCUUGUAAAUACUGGCACAUCAGCUACAUCCGGUUAGAUUGGAAGCCGAACCCAACAUGGUUGGGAAAAGGCUCGGAGGAUGAUGAUGAACCAAACCAUUUUCAGAUUUGACCAAUGCGCGGCAAGUAUACGGCUGGUAUAUAGUUUGGAUAUCGUUAUAGUUAAAUGGUACAUCUGGGUCUAAGAUAUUUUACAAAAUCAUUUAAAUUAUAAUCUUUCCAUUCUGUAAAUACAUAUACAUAUAUGUAUGAUUCUAUGAAAUAUUGUAUGUUGAAUUGCGUGCGAAACUUUAAAAAAUAUAGUAGUA